AAUUAAUGCGUGCAGUGAGAGAUGGAUUUUGGCUUUGUGUGAUCAAUUUUGAAAGCUAUGUGUAUUAUAUAUAAGGGAGUACAUACAAAAGAAAGUAUAUAACUCUUUUCAUUACAAACAAUACAACUUUGAAAAGACAUCUAGAUUUAAUAGUAUGAUAUAAUUCUACUCGAUUUUUCGCAUUUUAUGAAUUUAUACUAUAUUAUAUAGUGACGCAAAAAUGACAUUUCGAUAUGAUUUCAUAUAUUGCACGUAUUGAAAUAAAAUGUAAAUUAAAUAUUAGUUUAUGCAUCAUAGUGUUCAUCCUCUUUACAACAUAUCUUACACAUUUCCAUCAGAGAGAAAGAGAUAGAUAAUAGAUACAGAGAGAGAAAGACGAAGAGGGAGAAAAAGAGAGAGAACGACAAAAGCGAGAUAUCUCCAUCGCUCGACCCUGCCUUCGGCCUUUUUCGGCUCGCGCUCGCAUGCUAGCCAGAUUGCAGCUGUUCGAAGAAAGUUCCUUACGCAGUGUAAAGUACAAGAAUACGUUCUUUGUUCGGGAAAAGGAAAACGGCUCUCCCACGCGUAAACCGUGUGUAUACGGAGUAUGUAUCGGGGAGUACAUACCGUAAAUAUACAUCAUCCAACCAUCCAUAUUCUUUUUUUCUCACCUGGCGAAAUUAUCCGCCCAUCGUAGCCCAUUCGUCUGACUCGAGACGAACGCAAAGAGAUGAAAUAGUCGACGGCAGAUGUUCUCGUCUUAAACAGCUGCUGCGAUAUUGCACAAAAUGUAGGUAGUUGAUGCACGUUGCGCAUAUUCGAGAAACAAACGACGGAGAGUUCAAGAUGUAGUCUCGAGAUACAUGUUCGGAAUUAGAUCGAUUGUUGGAGAAACGAAGGGACGGGAAGGAAAAAUAAUUUUUGUUUGUUUUUAUUUAUUUAUAUUUUUUUUUUUAAAUUCCCCUCGCCAGAAUUUACGUGAAAGCGUGAAUUUUCGGAAAUAUACUCGCACGACGAGCGGCCGGUAGUGGCGUAGUAGGAGAGCAGAUGACGAUAUCGCGAGCAUUGUGUGCACACCGGAACCAAUAGGCGCACGCGUUACACGGCCGGCAGUGAACGGAUCGUUUUGUAAGCCACGAGCCUAUUGGUCGCUUUGGCCGAGCUCCACCACCGGCUACCAUAACGAACCUGGAGGAGCGUGGAGCGUGUGGAAUGAUUCCAGUUUGAAUGAGUGCGGUCGCGAGCGCAUGGUGAGACUCUGACAACGUGGUGAAUCAUUUUUAUUUUUUCUUUCUUUCUUUUUUUUUUUUUUCUUCGUCUCGUCGCGACAACCGCGGGUGGCUCUUUUACAGUUAACGUUGCAUUGCCCAGCGAGACAUUUUUCUUCCCCUUCAUUCGCGUGUGCGCGAUUUCGCGAUGAUUCCGCGCGUCGCGAUGAAGGCCAUAAAGCUGCACUACGAGGCGUGCGAUAUGCAGAAUGAGGAGCUGAACUGGAGCUGCCGCCUUGACAAUAACUCCGAUUGCGAUGUCGGCAACUCGUCCGCGGAUGAUUUUGACACGCCGCCCCCGCUGAUGCCGCGUAAGCUCUUCGAGACGAUGGAUUGCAUCGAAGAGAGCCAGUCGACCAAUAAUAAUAGGAUUUCUCCUUCAAAAGGUACUCCAGCCAUCAAGAUUCCUGUCAUCAAUCAUAAAAAUGAUCAUUCUGAGAAGACGUGCAGUCCACCCUACAAAUGUGUUAGGGCCUUGCGUUUAUUUGAUUCGCCUACUACUCCUAAAACUAUGAUAGAGAAGAAUAUAGUGAUGCAGACUCCAUUUCCAUCUAAAUGUGCCAGACUUUUUUUCCUAGACAAACCUAGACCUUCUAAAAUAAGUCCCAAUUUUCAAAAUAAGUCUGACAAACCUGUGGCAAAUGUAAAUCCAUUUACUCCUACUGGCAUGUUAAUAACAGCGAAGAAAAGAAGCAGAUCUAAACGUAGUCUCAAUGGUAGUAGUGGUAGCUCACCGGACAUGCAAAAACCAAAAUUUGAUCUCGCCGAUUCUGAGGAUUCGGACAACGAAUUUGAACAUGCGACAAAGCGUGUAGCGCUGCAAGAUUCAAAUAUAUCGCGAUACCACAAAGAAUUCCAUGAACUCGAUUUGAUCGGGAGCGGCUCCUUCGGUUCCGUAUACAAGUGCAUCAAUCGACUGGACGGGUGUACGUAUGCUGUCAAGAGGAGUCGGAAACCGAUCGCGGGUGUCGUCAGUGAAUCAAGCGCACUAAAUGAAGUAUAUGCUCAUGCUGUGCUCGGCAAGCAUCAACACGUGGUUCGCUAUUAUUCCGCUUGGGCGGAGGACAGUCAUAUGAUCAUUCAAAACGAAUACUGCAACGGUGGCAGUCUUGCGGAUGCGAUCGCUAAUCUUCAGAAAGAGAAAAAGCAAUUUAGCAAAGCGGAGAUGCGCCAGCUGCUGCUACAUGUAGCCGAGGGGCUAAAAUACAUACACAGUAUGCAGCUGGUACAUAUGGACAUCAAACCCGCGAAUAUAUUCAUCUCCAGGGAGGGAAAAUUGCCAUCGAGCAAUUACGAUUCGACCGAUGACGGUUUCGAGGAGGAUGAAACUGUCGACGAGAUCACAUACAAGAUUGGCGACCUUGGCCAUGUCACUUCCAUCAACAAUCCGCACGUGGAGGAGGGCGAUUGCAGAUACCUGCCUUUGGAGGUCCUACAAGAUGAAUACAGCCAUCUACCAAAGGCCGACAUCUUCGCUUUAGGAUUGACUGUUUACGAAGCAGGCGGCGCGGGACCCAUGCCGAAGAACGGGCUUGAAUGGCAUAGAUUGCGAGAAGGACAUGUACCAGAUUUACCGCAUUACGGUCGCGACCUCAACAGCUUACUGAAGCUGAUGACUCACCCCGAUCCGCAGAUGAGACCAUCGGCAACUUGUUUGACACAGCACAGGGUUUUACUUCCGCUUGGGAAUAAAACUAAAGCGCAAUUGCGGAGGGAAUUAAGUUUGGAGAAAUUAAAAAAUGAGAUUUUAACUAAGCGGUUAAAGGAUGCGGCGAUAUUUUUAAAGAAUAUCGCACCGAAUGUCACUGAUAAUAUCGACAAACAAUUGCGAUCGGUCACUAUGCGACCUCGUGUCAUAGGCAAAAAGACCAAUCGUAGUAACAGCAUUAUAUAGUUCUGUUAUAUUGUAUAGUAUUAUAACAGACAGCACUUGUAUAUAGCGGAAAAGUAUCAGUGCGUAGGGCUUUUGUGUUGCUAAGUGAUAAAAAAUUUUCGCAUGUAAAAAGCGAAAAAUCUCUCUUUGAUUUUUAGUUCAGCGUUACCGCUGAUACUUUUCUUCUCGCUCAUACAAUAUUGUUAAACAAACGUCUAUGAUACCAUCGUAUAUAACUGUAAGUCGGACUUGUCAGUGACAUUCGAAAAUGUUGCAUUGUCUAACCGUUUAGUUGUAAUCAUGUUCAUUACUGCGAUAGUUCAUUAGAUUUCCUUCAUGGAUGUCGCAGACACGAUAUAAGCUACAGUCUUGUCGGAAUUGUAGUCGGCUGAGUUUUAAUUGAUCUAAAGCAACUUUUUCUUUGGAUAUAAAAAUGGUUUUAUAUUUUACUGAUAUAUGAUGCAUCAAUUGUAUACUGUCAGCAUGUACUUUCAGUAUUCAGCAUGUUUCAAAAUUAUAUUCAAUCUCAUUUUGCAUGUGCUCAGAGAAAAGAGAAGAAAAAGCGCCUCUGGUCAAAACUUAUUCUGAAAAAUUAAAAACAAAAAACAAAAAAAACAAUAAUAUCGACAAAAAGAGAGAGAGCGAGGGAGGGAGAAACAUAUUGCUUGCCUAUCGAUAUUAUUGAUUUUUGUCUUGUAUUGCCAAAAAAUCUUUAUCUAUUCUUUAUCUUUUUAAGACGUAACUUAAGCAUAUCUAUAGCGCGAAAUCUCAGGUUGACAAAUAUAUUUUUCUAUUAUAACGUAACAUUUUAUACAAUAUGAUGUUUAUUACUUAAUAGUUAAUUAUCAAUGCCUUUUAUUAUCAUCAUUUGUAAAUGAUUUCUUGCAUUAUGACAUUAUUCAAACUAUUAUAUUCUGAUUGUAUAAAAUUUAUAACAUACAGAAGAAACUAUUUCUAUAUUAAUGCGAUUCAUAGUUUUUACAGAGACAAUUAAUUAUAAAAAGCUAUGUAAAACAUAUUUAAUCUAUUAUUUGCCACUGUGCAGUUAUACUUAUUCUACAAUAAAAAAUUAAUGUUUAUUACUUUUAUCAGCAUUUCAAAUGACAUAUAAUAGUUAAUUAUUUUUACUGAUUGCGACUGCAAAAUGAUUUUAUCAAAUAAUUUGCUUGUAUUUAAUAUUUGAUUCCAAAAAGAUAUCUCUAAUUCUUCUAAUAAUUGAGUAUAAUAAAAAUUGGUUUAAGAUCACAAGCAUGAUAUUUGAUACUCUCUAAUAUCACAUUUCUAUUAAUAACAAAAAAUAUAAAAUUAGAAGCUUAAAUUUAAUUUGAUAUCAUUUAAUCAUAAGCUUAUUAUCUUCGACAAUAUGUCCUCUCAAAAAUUCGUAUUUCUGAUCAUACAUAUAUAUUACAUUUUUAGAAUAAUCAUUGAUGUGUAUGUGUAUGCGUGUGUACAUGUGUGUACAUAUACAUAGAUGUACACACGUACAUAUAAUCUAUGUUUGUGUCAUUAGCAGAUAAAUGCUAUAAUUAUUACAAAUAACAGCACAAUAAAAUAAAAUUAAAAAUUGAUCUUUUAGUUUUCAACUGAUACUUGUCACAAAACUUUUGCAAAGUUUUUGAAAUGUGCUGUGGCAUACACAUACAAAUAUUAUUUACUUAUAAGUUAUAUUUUUCUAAUUAUGAAUGGAAAAUUAAUCGUUUUUCUACGUCAUAUUUCGCGCCAUUACCUCUUUCAUUAAGUCUUUAUUCUCAUAAUGAGAACAAUGACAAUUAAUAGAUAUAACAAAUAUUUAUGUCGAGUGAUACAUUGAAACUCAUUUUGCAGAAUUUCAUCAUUUCCCAAAGAAAAUGUUACCCUUACAGUUUAUUACAUAUUGAUUUGUAAACAUAUUGUAAACCUUACUUUGUCAUUUGCUAAGUUGUGCUAGGAUGUGCUGAAAUGUCAUUCCUUCCAAUUUCUUUGGUAUUAACUAGAGGAAAUGCGACUUAUCGACUAUUUCUCUAUCUCUUUUGCGAACAUGAAACGAUUGAUCAUAUUAUUAUAUAUAAUUAACUAUACGGGAGACAAUGUUUUUUUGAGAAUGGGUCCUUAAAUUAGAUAUAUGUUAAGUAUAAUCAUCAUUGCUAAACAUUGUAUCAAUACAUAGUUUUUGUUUUUUUAAUUGUAAUAAGGUAAUAGUAUUCGCAUCAAUGUAUCUUUUUUUCAUUUUUUUGUAGAUACCAAUCGAAAAUAAGCGCUUAUUACACUUUGAAAUAUUCUUAUAAAAUAAUAAUAUGAUGAAUAUCAAAUCAGUUGAUUGAUUUAACAGUUUGAUUGAUCAAAUUAAUUGAUGAGAUAAUACAAGUUAACUUAUAAUGAAAUUUAUAUUAUUUUAUGCUUUAAUAUUUGUAUUGGUAUAUUCUUACUGUAAUAUUCUGCAUAACUCUUACUUUAAAUUUAUGUGAAUUGUUUAUGCUCGCGAAAGAUUAAAAAAAAGAAACCGAUAAGUCGCAUAUCACCUGAUUCUACUGAGCAUACAUGCAACAAUUUGUGUUUUAUACAUUACAGAUUAUAAUGAAUAGAUCUGAUGUCCACAUAUUUUUAUAUGAGAUAUCUCCCAUUAGUUUGUAAUACAUUUUUCUUUCUUUUUUUGACGUAAUGACAAGAUUCGGUGAAUCUUGCGCUCAUUUAUCGCGCGCGCGCGCGAGUGUGAUUAACACAUGUGAGAAGAAACUUUGUAAAAGUAAUAGCAUUUAGACAUUUAUAAUCUAGUUUUAUGUCUAAUUUUAUAAGCCGCUAUUAUAAUUAUUUAAAAUAGUUAUGUAUAGUGUAUUAUGUAAAUUAUGUAUAGCAUUACGUAAGUUAUAUAUAGCAUUAUAUCACUUAUGUAUAACAUUAUGUAAGCAUAUGUGAAUAUCUCUCUAAACACAAAACGAAGCAAGUGGCGAAAUAGAUACAUAUCAGGGUGGACCUUAAAUUAUAGCUCGAUAUAUGCUCGUUUACCAUGCUUAAACGUAAAUUGUUUGAAACAUUUAAUAUCAUUAAUUAUUAAUUAUAUUAUUUAUAUUAUUAUUUCUUUAAUCUUUUUGUGCCUGUCAGGUUCACUCUGUGGCCUCUUAUCCCACAGGAUGGGCAUGCGUAUAAUACCUUUAUAAUUCUUAUUAUUAUUGUUAUUAUUAUGAUAAUAAACAGGCUGUUAUACUUUCCA